AUGUGUCCCUGUGCUGUCGUGGACCUGACAGAGCACAGGGCUCACAGGCUGAACCUCACCAUAUGCCGCCAUCAGCCUCUGCUUUUCAGGGAGCCGCACAGAACCAAACACGGUCAGGCCGAUGUGACGGUGAACUGCCACUUUCCCUCUUUGCCUCAGACCCAGCUCUGCGUUCAGGGGAGAGUGUGUCGCCUGUCAUCAGCGUUCACAAGUGGCUACGCAGAACGCCAUCUUGAACAGUGUUUAGGCUGCACCACAAACUCCCGGAUGGCGCAGCACAUGGGGGCGCAUCCCAAACCCCACUUGAUGUUCGGUGAAGUCCCCCACAGGUUCGAGUGUGUGCUCUACGGGGGAGUGUUAGACGUUGGGACGGCUCAAAGGAGAAAAAGUCGUCGAAAAGUGGGUGUGUGGAGGAAGCUGAGGGGGGUGGUGCCCUACGGGUCAAAGUAA